UUGCAAUACAAGCUAGCCAUAAAGGUGCACGCGUUCCCCCGGGCCACACGCAUCCAAACAGUUGAAUGAUCCAACCAUGGCCGCGCGAAGCAGCAGAUAAUUUCAGACGAACAGGCAAAGCCUCCUCAUCGUUCAAUCACGGUCAUCGAUCAACCGAUGAGGGCGUCGCGCAUAGCCAAGGAGACAUCGAGGUUGUUCGAGGGAACAACAGCCGCCAUGGCAACGCCAGCAACACCACGUCGCUCAACGCGUCUGAGCACUCUUGCUCGAUUUGCCUAUGAAGCGAACAAUGCGAAUGCGAAUGCCAGCUCGAGCUCUGCGCCGGUUGACUUGCGAUCCUCGCCAUUGCGCGCCACGAAGCUCGAGGAAGACCAUGAGGAAGACGAAACCGGAGUUACCUUUGGAUCGGACAUAGAAGACGCUGUCAAGUCCAGUGGCUUGCCAUCACCAAAGGUGAAGCGCAGGAACCCAAUUGGCACGCGAAAACGGAAGCGCAUUACCACCACAACCACCACAACAGUGCUGAAGAAGGAGGAAUCAUUGCCCGCCCCCACGAGGAUCAAAACCGAACGGAGGAGCACGCGAAUUAUCAACCAAGCCGCAGAAGCCGAAGUAAAGUCGGAUUCGGAGAUCGACAUAAACGAUAUCCCGGUCGCGGGCACGUCUACUACAUCCAGCAGAAAACGAACCACUCGCAAACCCGCCCGCAAGACGACCGACGCGGUCACCGGCGAAGUGAAAGUCGAGCCUCCUUCUGACUGGGAGGAGGUUUACAACCUCGUCAAGGAGAUGCGCAUCUCCGGUCCCGCCGCCAACGCCGCCGUCGACUCGAUGGGAUGCGAGCGCUUGGCCAGCAAUAACGCAUCAGCACGCGAUCGGCGAUUUCACACUCUUGUUGCCCUGAUGUUGUCGAGCCAGACCAAAGACACAGUCAACGCGGAGGCAAUGUUGCGGUUGAAGAAGGAACUGCCUCCCCACGCCGAGGGCGCAGAGCCGGGCCUGAACCUAGAGAAUAUGCUGGCUGUUGAGCCAGCCGUUUUGAACGAGUUGAUUGGCAAGGUUGGCUUCCAUAACAACAAGACCAGAUACCUCAAACAAGCCGCCGAAAUCCUCCGCGACCGAUACAACUCCGACAUCCCCGACACCAUCGAAGGUCUCAUGUCCCUUCCCGGCGUUGGGCCCAAGAUGGCGCAUCUUUGCAUGUCCGCCGACAACGGCUGGAACCGUGUCGAAGGCAUCGGUGUGGACGUCCACGUCCACCGCAUCACCAACCUCUGGGGCUGGCAGAAUCCGCCCACUAAAACCCCCGAGGAGACUCGCCUUGCGUUGCAGUCGUGGCUGCCCCGUGACAAGUGGAAGGAGAUCAACUGGCUGCUGGUUGGAUUCGGACAGUCGGUAUGUCUUCCCGUGGGGAGGAAGUGCGGUGAUUGCGAGCUGGGCCUAAGGGGCUUGUGUAAAGCUGCGGAGAGGAAAAAGGUUACUGAGGGUAGAAAGAGGAGGGCGGUUGUAAAGGAGGAGAAAGCGGAGGUGGACACCGAGGUUGUGAGAUUCAAGAGAGAGCCGAAAGAGGAGGGUGACAACGAGGAAGACGAGCGGGACAUGGUAGUCAAGAGGGAAAAGAGAGAGGCAAGAAUUGAGAUCAAGGAAGAGGAGGAAGCCAGGGUCAGGGAACUUGUGGUCAACGAGCCUGUACCGCCGGUGAUUCAGGAAGCUGUUGCGGAUGAAGCUGUGAAGAUGGAGAGCAUUGAGGAUGUUGAGAUGGAAGACGUCGAUGAGGUUCAGUCGACCAUUGAACACAGCCCGCCCAUCAUCAAGCAAGAAGGUAUGAGGGUGAAGCGCGAGAGGUUAGCCGACGCGGAAGAGGACAGUGAAGAGGCUGACCAAACAUCUGGUGUCAAGGAAGAAGUUCUUAGGGUAAAGCAGGAACAGAGUGUUCAUGACAUGGGCGCUGGGGAAGAAGAAGAGAACCGGCUCCCGCACAUCGUCAAAAGACAACACGUACGCAUCAAGCAGGAGUCAAACAUCCACGGCGAGCAGGUGGAAUCGGCACAUCGACGUCGCAUCAUGAAGAGAGAACCCGGACGGGACUUGGCGACCGUUAAGCAGGAGCCUGGUUUCGACGAGGAGAAAGCAGACGACCUUCAACCACAAGCUGUAAAGCCCGAGCAUCCGAGUGUGAAGCAGGAGUCAUAUAUCCCAGAGCAAACCAAAGAAGAAAACCAUCGCUCAAGCACUGUGAAGAGAGAAUCCUUCAAUGGAGCUGCGAUUGUCAAGCCGGAGCCGAACCUCAACAAUGAGGACGCGGAGGGCCACCAGGCGCGGGCACGUAUAGUGAAGAGGGAGCCACUGCUGGGACGCACAAUGGUAAAGCAAGAACCUAACCUCGGUGACCCUGAGGGACGGGAGGGCCAAAAUGGCCCAACCAUUGUCAAGCGAGAGGUUGGGCAGUUGAAACAGGAGGCUGAGGAUGAGCAAGGCGAGGACGAGGAAGUCGACGAGCCAGUCGUCAAGAGUGAAACUGUCGAAAGGCAGCAAGAACCUGUGAGGGUGAAGAGGGAGGCUGCUGGUGAAGGUGAGGAGGAGGAAGACGGUUAUGUGAAAACGGAACACGGCGGUAGAGUCAAAGUGGAGGAUGGAAUGGCAAGGAUUAAGUUGGAGAGAUGAUGUCGGGAUGCACUGUUGGAAAGGCAUUUGUUUUAUAUAAGGAUAGCCAGAGGGGAAACUUUCAGGGUAAAUAGGUCAAACGAGUGAAUGAACAGACGAGUUCAGUUGAG